AUGGAGAUUUCAGUUUUUUUUCAUGGAAAGUGUGAAGCACUCUGGACAAUUUUCCGCAUUUCUCAUCCAAGAAGCCGUUACAUUUAUGAUCUUUUCUAUAGAAGAAGGAAGGAUAUAUCUAAGGAGCUGUAUGAAUUUUGCCUGGGCCAGGAUUAUGCAGACCGUAAUCUGAUUACAAAGUGGAAAAAGGUUAGUUGCCUCAGCUUUAUAUCAUUUGAGCUAGGGACCAAGACGGAUGAGGUUGAUUUGGCUUGA